GUACACCUCAGCCAAGCCUCAUUACACUGUUCAUGGCGUCUGGUCGAAGGCUAAAGACAGGUCGCCGUCUGACAAACAGAUAGGCCGUUGACUUUAACGGUUUUGUGUUGACUGUCUCAGUGUGACACAAUGGAGGUGGAGAGUGUCAAAGUGGAAGAUGAGAGGCGUUUGACAGUGCUGAGGUUUGAGGCUGCCGUUAAAGUCAUCAAGAGUUUAGCCCCGGAUGGUCCCUUUCAGCCGUCCAACGACAUGAUGCUCAAGUUCUACAGUUACUAUAAACAAGCCACUGUGGGCCCGUGCAAUAUACCCCGACCUGGCUUCUGGGAUGCAGUUGGCAAAGCAAAAUGGGAUGCUUGGAAUUCUCUUGGAGAUAUGCCAAAAGAAGAAGCGAUGGCAGCGUAUGUUAAUGAAAUGAAGCUGAUCCUGGAGGGUAUGCCCAUGACGGACGAGGUGGAGGAGCUCUUACGCGUCCUCGGCCCGUUCUAUGAGCUGAUUGACGAGAAGAAAAAGAUCACACAGAUAUCAGACCUGAGCACAGGAUUUGGCACAAUGUUGAAUUCAAUGCCGUCAAAGAGCGUCACAAAGAGCAUCGUCAGAACGAUGGAAAUGAACGGCACUCUGGAGACCCGUCCUGCCAGGCUCAAAUCAAAGGAAGUGAAGAAGAUGUCAGAGGAAGAAAUACAAGAGGAGGAAGAAGAUGAAGAUGAGGAGGAUGAGGAAGAGGAGGAUGAGGAAGAAGAAGAAGAAGAGGAAGUGAUAAGGGACGUCAAAAAAGAUAAGAAAUCAGCAGCAUCACAGCCUAAGAAGAAAAGUUCAGCCAGGAGACACAAAGUGCCGCUGUCAAACGGUAAAGUGGCCAACGGGGUCACCCAUCUGACCAAUGGGAGUCAUUCCAGGGCCGCUCUGAACAGUGACAACUCUCAGGAGGGGUCAGUUGGCGAGCCUGUGCUCAACGGUCACCACACAGAUCCCAGUGUAGACGUGACUGGUCCCAGCCACCUGGCCAGUGACUCAGACAGCGAAGUCUACUGUGAUUCUGUGGACCAGUUCGGCCAGGAAGAGAAUUCGGAGCAUAACCGCUCUUUGGACGACCUGGAAGAAGAGGAGAACCACGUUCUUCCACCUCUGGAGGAGCCACAGGCAACACAGGAGCUCCAGGAGGACGUUCACGGUGCACCGCAGGGCAUCAGGUGUGGGGGAGAGGACGGAGAGAACAGUGGAACAAUGUCACAGAGACAGAGACAGAGACUGAAUGUAGACAUGCCGAACAGCUCUUUGGUCAGAAGAGGAAGAGGCUCCAGGUCUCCAGGCCGCGGCUCUGGAUCUCUGAUGCCUACAUACAGUGGCGGAGAUGGGGACGGGGACCGCUGGGGAGGAUCAACACCUGGGGGGAGCCUGAAUGAGCAGAUAGUUGUGGCAUUGACGAGGCUGCAGGAGGACAUGCAGAGCGUUCUGGAGAGGCUGCACACUCUGGAGGCUCUGACUGCAAGCCAGGCAAGAUCAAUGUCUCUGUCGCCAACUUAUGCAUCACCUCCAGUGAAUAAGAGGAGUCAGAAACCAUCCUGGUGGCCUUUCGACAUCUCUCCGACCAGUUUGGCCUUUGCUGUUGUAUGGCCAUUUGUGGUUCAGUGGCUUAUUCGCCUGUAUAUGCAGAGAAGGAGAAGACGGACCAACUGAAUCUGCUCUCACCCAAACACCCAUGGGCAUAGACGAUAAUGAGGAGUCCUCUGAAUGUCUGGUCGGGUUGCUAAUGGCUGUAACUCCCCCCUGCUUAGACCCACAGCCCAGUAAUUUGCUUUUGCACUAUAAAGAAGGCACCUAGAGUAAUGAGUGGGAGGACGAUUUCUCUUGAGCGUGUUGUAAGGUGGAUGUGAAAUCAGAUAGAAACAUGAAUGUAUGGGCUUAGAGCCUGUGAUGAUACAAGCUUUUUCAAGAUGAUACCACUGUACUGGAAUAUUUUUUUUCUGUAAACAAAAGGUUUGUGUUGAGAGGGGGAACCUAAAGUUGUGAUGUUAGCGUAUUUAUAAACCAACUACAGCAGCUUCCCGAUUAUUUCCAUAUCUAAGGCUGUGUUGCACAUCAUAUGGGCCUGAUACUUUAGUUUGAGUAUAAAUGCUUGACGUGGUUAUAAAUUGUCACAAUUCACUUUCAUUAGACGCCCAGGCAAUGCUGCUAUAAUAAGAUGUUGUAAUAACUAGUUUAGGCAGGAGGAUUGAAUGUAAUUAUAUAUUGAUGUGUGUAAUUCUUUUAAAUUCUGAGAAUAUGUUAAUAUUUAUUGCUUUUAGCAAGUUAUAAUGAAGGCAUUGUUGGCCAGAUUGCAGCUGUGUGAAUGAGGUUUAUGUUUAAAGUGACCACUAAAUGUUGUUUAUGGAAGCGUAAUGCAUUCACUUGAAAGAAAAGAAAAUGUAGAGAUAGAUAAAUAUAUAUUUGCCCUGUUUCUCUGAAUUGACGAUAUUAUUAUUAUUAUAAUUUUGAGAAAAGUUUUAUGACACAAAAAUUACACUCUUUUCCUGAAUUAACGAGAUAAUGUCGUAGAUUGUCAUUUUUCUGAAACAUCCAGGUAAUUUUAUAAAUUCUCGUUUUUACUGAAUUCACGAGAUUGUGUCAAAGUCUCAUUUCUCAGAAUUAAUAAGAUAAUUACAUCAACUCUUGUUUUUCUAAAUAAAUGAGGUCAGGUAAUUUCACAUUUUUCUGAGUGAACAAGAUAUUUCAUCAAAUCGUCCUUUUUCUGAAUUUACAACUUAAUGACGUAAUUAACAACAUUCUUAAAUUAUUGGGAUUAAGUUGUUAAUUCUCGUUCUUGUUUUUCCGAAUUAACGAGACCAUGUAAAAUUCUUGUUUUCCUAAAUUAAUGAGACAUAGUUCAAAUUUCUCUGAAUGAAAGAAAUAUUGCUGCAAAAUUACAACAUAAUGUCGUAAAUGUUGUAAUGUCUUGUUUUUCUAAAUUAACAAGCUCAUGUUGUAAGUUCAGGUUUCUCUGAAUUAAUGAGAUAUAGCCAUAAAUUCUUGUGUCUGUAAAUUAACGAGAUAAUGAGGUAAAUUUUUGUUUUUUUUUUAAUCUACAAAAUUAUCUCGUAAAUUUUCAUUUUUCCAUAUUAACAAGAUCAUCUCGUAAAGUCUUUUUUUUUUUAAAUCAGAGAUAAUAAUCUAAUUUAGAAAAACACAGCAGAUUUUUUUCCUCAAGUGAACGAACAUAUAACGCUUCCGUAUAGCUUUGUAUAGGUUAGACAAGGUUAGCGAGACUUCUCAUCACCUGUCCUGCUGCAUAUCAGUCUGUGCUUUAUGUCAAAGUGGACUCCACUUUAAAUUGUUUUCCAAAUAGAAGAAGUGCCUCAACAUCAUAAGGUACACUCAUACUGUAGGUGGUGUUAUGAUUUCUUACAUUAACACAUUGUAGCAUAACUGUUCCAGUGCUGGACCAAAUGAACAUGAAUCAUAACUACCCAGUGAGCCAUAAGGUGGUGAGACUCUCUGACAACCUCAUCGUCCACUCAGCUGAUUAUUAAUGCAUAACACUUGUCGCUGUCUGUGUUGUUUACGCUGUCACGUUUUUCUAUAUUGUAUAAUUUUAAUGUGUGAUGUAAUAUGUUUGUACAAAUAAUUGUGGAAAGAUUUUGUGUGAGUGAUAGUAAUCCUUAAUUGUUUGCAAAGCAGUGUGACCUAUGUAAAUUGUAAACAAAUAGCUGUACAGUUCAGAUGAAAAUGCAGUAUUUUAAUUGCAUUCCCAUGUUUUAUUAAUAUAGAAUACUAUAUCAUUUACAAAGGUGUGCAUCUGCAAUAGCACUAAUCUUUCCAGAGCCAUUAUGUUUUAAUAAAAAAGUAAUAGUUUACCUUUCUACUGAAAUGUACUAAGGCUUUCUCACCCUCUCUGCCUGUGGAUAGAGUGGUGUUUGCAUGUGAUAAUCCAAGCCUCAAAUAAAGUUUUCAUAAAGCAUU